CGAGGUUGGUGGGCCGAUAUGGCAGAAGUCAGUGUAUGAAGCUGUCACCGCUAUAGAUGAACUUGGUACAUAAAAACUUUGUAUGAACAAUACUCAAAGCAGAAUUCCUAUGGCUGAUGCUGCUUGUCAAAUAUGGCUGUUUCAUACACGAAGUUGACUAAGAAGUCAAAUGCUAAACAUUCAAGAUGGAAGAAGAAAUCAGUAAAAAACCAUGCGGCCCUUGUGCAGAAUGAAUCCAAAUAUGACUCGCUGAGUCUACAAGACGAAACAGAUGCGUUGACGUCAUUAUCCCAGAAUGACGUAUAUUCGAACCUCAACACGUGUGAUGAUUCUAUCACGUAUACCGAGAGUUUGGAAGUGGACGUCAUCUACUCUGCUCCGCCCCUUCAGGACUUAUACCGUUAUCACGUAUUCUUUUCGCAUUCUCCUGAGGAUCAAUCAUGGGUUUUCGAUAUCGUAACGAGGCUCCAAUCAGAGCCUUACAAUUACAGGUGCUACUACAGUGGCGGGAAUUCCAACGGGCCACAACCAAAGUUUUUACCAAACGAACUUUGUGCUGCCAUGUUGAGCGAACGUGUAGUUGUGGUUCUCACGAGGCAUUACGUGAAGUCAACGUGGUUUGAAUUCCAGGAUGUACUUCAAAAUUUGACUCAAUGUAGUCUAUACAGACAACGCAUGCUCACUGUCUUACUUAGGGAAUGUUCCAUACCAGAACCACUUCAGAAUCUAGGAUUUCUGGAUGCUCGAGAGAGUGAUUUUUUCAGGUGUUUAGUUCGCCAUUUAAAGAGUGAGGGACUGCCGAGGAGUUCCGAGUCUUUCAGUAGUGAGAUGAGCUGCAUUCUGUAUUCCCCUACGAACAUAGAGAAUGGACAACUUCUGGCCACUGUCCAGAUAGAUGUGGUUGGCCGCUGGAAGGCACAACUCGUUUGCAGGGACGAUGACGACGUACCCACUCCUCUUUGUUGCCAUGGAGUCAGCAUGAGCUAUGGAGAAUUCAUCAACAUUCUACAGACAUUAACCGGUCCAAUCAAUGAAGACAAAACGUUUAGCUUUCUCUUCUCCCUCCGACCAAUCCUCAUCCUUCUCGUGGCAGUGGGAAUGUGGCUUGCUACAUUUAUUUUUGUACUUAUAUUCCUCAGAGAUGAAUCAAAACAAAGUGCCUUGGGUGUGCGACUGCCCGUCUUUUCCUUGCCCAUGUUGUUUGUGCUGUACGGGUAUGGCAUUCGAUGGAAGCGCCAGCGACGGAAAGAUAAGAUAGUGAAGUCAAUGCUUCUGAACUGUGUGACGUUAAACGAAAACCUAUACGAAUCAGAGAGGCCAGUCCUACUUACCGUCACCGCAGCCAGCAAAGGAGUCUUUUCUAUUCAUUUUCUGUACUUUUGUAUGUUCGACUGUGUGGGUGAUGUUGACUUGUUACUGAAUACUUACAUGGAAGAGGACGCGGAAAAGUUUGCAACGCUUAUAGAAUUAUAUACCAAAAAUCAAGACUACGUUAUACAGGGUACAAUGGCAGAACGGAUGUGUGUGAUGUUGUCUGCUCCCUAUUUACAUCGAAUGCUUCAGAGACAGCUCCCCAAAUCCUCUCAACAGCGUCAUACCAACCACACCUUCUGUCUGUGUCAAUUCAUCGAAAUUUUCAUUGAAGACUUCUUUGGGUGCAUCACAAAGAAGAAACUAGUGAAGGAACUCCGUCUAGUUUUGCACAAACAUCUUAAUUUCCUUGUCAAGAAGGAAACACUCCGGGAAUAUCAGGAAAAGCUAGCAAUCAAUGAAGAUUUUAGUUUCGUAUCCACGUAACUAACCAUAUAUGUUGCACAUUAAAUAUUUGUAUUAAU